AUGCGAAAAGUCUUGUGUGAUGCGCUGCACUCGAUAUUAGCGCUUUUGACCGCUUCAGAUAUGCCAGAAAUACUACACUGCGCAAACACGAGCUAUAAACCACUCUACAUGAUCAAAGAUGGGAGGCUCAAGGAGGACAACCCCCUUGACCUAAGCCAGUCCUUUACGGAACUUUGCGAAGCAUGUCGAAGAGGUGACAUGAAAACCUGUCAAGAGAAGAUUACAGAGGGCGUUAAUAUUAAUGCGAGAGAUUUGUUUGAUUGCACGCCGCUGAUCCUUGCUAGCCUUUGCGGUCACUAUGAAGUGGUACGGCUUCUCCUUGAAUCCGGUGCAUUGUGUGAGCGUGAUACUUUUCAGGGCGAAAGAUGUCUAUACAAUGCGCUGAACGAUAGAAUACGAAAUUUACUCCUUCAAUAUGAUUAUUCGAAAUCCACGGAUCCCUUACAGCCGUUUGCCGCUCAUCUGGCCACGUUGUUAUCACAAGAUCGCCCUUCAACUUCAGAUAUUGUAGUCACAGCAUUGGAUAAACCAUUUCACUUACAUAAAUUUGUAUUAUCUGCGCGCUCGCCGUCCUUUGCAAAGAAGCUAUUAAGUGCCCCUGCGGCCAAAUCGUGGGAACUUCCACCUACAAUCCCCCCAGAAGCGUUUGACAUAGGUUUGAGAUCUGGACCGGGAACUGGUUUCACCGAAGCAGAAAUUUUGGGUAGCGUUGAAAGAGUUGCCAAACAUCUGGAACUUAUUGGUCUCGUCGAGUCCAUUCUCGACAGGGGAGAUAGAAGGCUGGUCAGACAGCGACGAGCAGAGGCAACUUCAAAGGGACGUGACCAGAUGGAAUCGUGGUUUCGAGAAAAUGUUCUCAAGUGUAAACUUGUCAUUGAAACUGACAAGGUCAAUAAGUUGAAAGUGAAAAGGGACAACAGGAUAUUUGCUGAUAUAUUACUUCGUGCAGAUGAACCUGUGGUCGAGGAGCUGCGACAGACCGAAAACAUGCAAAAACUAGAUGACCAUGACUCCGCAACCGACGACCAAAUUCCAGUGGGCCCAACACCACGGCUGCCGUCGCCUGCCGCGUCACUGCCGCCACAAAAGCCUCGCAAGUCAUCUAUUUUCCCCGCCCAUAAAGCGAUGCUUCUCCGCUCCGAUUUCUUCAGUGUGAUGUUUUCUUCCACUUUUAGGGAAGCCCAAGUAACGGAGAACUUACAAAUAAUACGCAUCGACUGUUCUCCUGAGGCGUUGGAAGUCGUCCUCAUCUAUUUAUACACAGACAGAGUCGAAUUCCCAUUAUCGUUAGCUGUUGAAGUUCUUUAUGCGGCAGAUAUGCUUUGUAUUGAAAGGCUGAAGUCCAAAGCAGCGGUGUUGAUUAGCUCCCUUGGAAAUGGCAACAUGAAACCGAAACAGGCACAGAACGAGGACGAAAAAGCUACCAAACAGGCAGAUGCCGCUCAAAAAGGAAAUCAGCAGGAUGUAGAUGAUGAAGACGUAGAUAUUUACGAACUCAUUCGAGCAGGAUGGACGUUCCGCGUUCAGCGCCUGGAGGAAUUCGCCGCUCGAUAUCUUGCUUACCGCCUUGAGUCGCACAUCGAUUUGCCGGAGUUUGCGAAACUGGUUGCCGAGUCAGCAGCCCGUAUCAAAGAGCGGCAGGAAACUGAUUCCAUCGAACUCGUAGACGAUAUUCGAUUCUAUCUCAGCGAGAGAUUCAGGUUGCGGUUCGAAGAUGCUGGUCUGGACCAGAUCAUGGACGAAACCCGCAAGGUGGCAGAGGGCGAUGGCGCUGAGGAUGGCAACGUAGUCGAAGCGAAUAACCCUUCUAACAAUGAUGGUGAAACUGAUACUCCCCAUCCAGGACCGGGAGCUUCGAAAAUGCGAGAAGGUGAAGCCAUCAAUGCCAGCGAUCGCAAACUUCAACCAGGAACUGGUUUGGCUUCUGACGAUCUGAGCCAUCCCUUCAGAACUCUGGACGGUCAUGUUGCAGGAGACGAGUUCGCAAGGGACGCUGCGGACUAUCAGAUUUUACUGGAUAAACUGGAUCGUCUCUUGGAGAAGCUUGGUUUGGAGGCAUAG